AUGUUUGUGGAGUCAGUACAAAAUACCAUAACACCUUCAGGGUCGUUUGCUGUACAAACCCCAUCUCAAAAGCCGUUUACCUCUAUAUUCUAUAGACGUCAUUUUUUUCAUGAUAUCUUUCUAAUGGUGUCGGGAUCAUUAAGCAACUUUUCUUCCGCAGUCAACAAAACUGCAGGAUCUGCAAAUGCAUUAUGUGAACUUGUAGAAAAGUCUCAAGACUUUCUGAUUCGUAAUGUUCACUCAUUAGACUUUAUUUUGGAUGACUUUGAUAUUGUUAAAUUCGGGAUUUUACAUGCAGCUGUAAUACAUGCCAAAUAUAUUUCACAGUCAGUUGUUGAUAAAGAGUGGCUAGUAAUCCAAACUCAAAACCUCUUCAAUCUCUGUAACGCGGAGUCUUUGCAAAAAAUUCCAUCUUAUGUCCGUGUAAUUUCACAUGAAUUUACGAACUGCCUGAUUAAUAUGGGAAUUCCACACAAGGGAAUUAGUUGUAUGCUCACUGCUAUUCACAAACUUCAGAAAUGUCCGGGAUAUCUUACUCCACUGCACUGUGAUCUAUGCCAGCUUGGAUUAGCUGCUAAAAUGUUUAGUCCCACUCUUCCAAUUCUCGAUAUCGACAUUUUAGAAAUUGAUAAAAGUAGUACAGCCCUUGAAGCUAAAGAUUAUCUCCUAUACUUUUACUAUGGAGGGAUGAUUUAUGGCGCAGUAAAAAAUUGGGAAAGAAGCCUACACUUCUUUGAAUUGUGUUUAAUUAUCCCUGCCGUAUCAUCAAGCUGUAUUCUGAUUGAAGCUGCAAAAAAGAUAAUAUUAAUCUCCUUGAUAUUACAUGGGAAAUUCAGUACAGUUCUUGAAACUCCGGUUGCAUAUUUCAUGUCUCCAAGGCCUUGGAAAUGCUACUGUCAACCAUAUUUAGAACUAGCAACAGCAUUUCGAUCUAACAAUCCUGAGGACUUAACUAAUUUUGUCGAUCUUCAUCGAGAAUUAUUCACAGCUGAUUUCAACUUCGGACUUGUAAAACAAGUGAUAAAGUGCCAUGGAAAAUUUCGUAUCCAGAGCUUAACAAAAACUUUUAUGACACUAUCCCUGACCGAUGUUGCCAUGCGUAUAAAACUUUCGGGAACCCAAGAAGCGGAGAAACAGAUCUUAGAUAUGAUUAAUUCAAAAGCAAUUUUUGCUAACAUUGAUCAACAAAAUGGGACUGUUCAUUUCCUAGAUGAUCCCGAGCAGUAUGACUCGAUCAAAAUGCUUCGAAUUCUUCAGGAAAAAAUAACAGAAUGUGUGAAUUUGGAGAAGCAUUUUAUGCAGUUAACUGACCGGCUAGUGACAAAUCCAAACUAUGCUAAACGAAUGAUCGAGCUGGAAACCAAGGCAGCGAAAUCUGCGGGCCAGUAUUGA